AUGUUUGCUAAUGACCGAGCCGAUGAAUUGGCAGCCAAGGGUGCCUCCAUGAUGGAAGUCUCUGCGGAGACGGAAAUCAGUGUGAAGACCCUUAGGCGUUAUCAGGCCGAAGCCGGGCGUCUGGCACUGCGUAAGUGGUGGUCAGACAAACGGGCCGGUCUAGGCACUUGCGUCAAUGACUUCUUCUACUGUGCCUCGCAUGCGAGGCUAUGGAGUCGAGGGGAAGUUACACCCGCUGGCAGUGCCGUGGUUUUUG